GAUAUAUAUGAAGUGUUUAAGCAAGUGAGAAUCAACAUCCCGCUGUUGGAUGCAAUCAAACAAACACCUUCAUAUGCAAAGUUUUUGAAAGAUCUGUGCACUGUCAAAAGGAAAACAAAUGUGCAUGAAAAGGCAUUCUUGACUGAACAAGUCAGCGCCAUUCUCCAAUUGAAAACUCCUCCCAAAUACAAAGAUCCAGGCUGUCCAACCAUUACAUGCAUCAUAGGAAGUCAAAAGGUUGAUCGGGCACUCUUGGAUUUAGGAGCUAGUGUCAAUUUGUUGCCAUACAGUGUGUAUCAACAGUUGGGAUUAGGUGAGCUCCCAGACCAUUGGAGUAAGCAAGAUAGGCAUAAAUUCUUCAGAAAAGUCAGAACCUUCUUUUGGGAUGAGCCCUACCUCUUCAAGUAUUGUCCUGACCAAAUCAUCCGUAGAUGCAUACCCGAUCAUGAGCAACAAAGUUUCUGUUCAAAUUGUGAUCGAUGUCAAAGGUUAGGAAGUCUGUCAAGGAGAAACAUGAUGCCAUUACAUCCGAUCCAAGUGUUAGAAGUUUUUGACUGUUGGGGUAUGGAUUUUAUGGGCCCAUUUGUCAAUUCAUUUGGUCAUGAAUACAUCUUACUUACUGUUGACUAUGUGUCCAAAUGGGUAGAAGCAAUCCCGGCCAGAACAAAUGACCAUAGGACUGUCGUGAAAUUUUUGAAAGAAAAUAUAUUCAGUCGAUUUGGGAUGCCACGAGCAAUCAUCAGUGAUGGGGGUUCCCAUUUUUGUAAUAAAGUUGUGGCAGGAUUAAUGAAGAAAUAUGGUGUACUGCAUAAGGUUGCAACACCAUACCAUCCCCAAACCAAUGGUCAAGCCGAGUUAGCCAAUAGGGAGAUUAAGCGCAUAUUGGAAAAGACUGUUGCUGCUAAUCGUAAGGAUUGGUCCUUAAGACUAGUAGACGCUCUUUGGGCGUACAGGACAGCUUACAAAACAAUUUUGGGAAUGUCUCCCUAUAAGCUAGUAUACGGUAAAUCUUGUCAUCUGCCGGUGGAAAUUGAGCAUAAAGCAUAUUGGGCAAUUCAUAAGAUCAACAAGAGUCUAACUGAAGCAGGCUUAUCCAGGAAGCUCCAAUUGAAUGAACUUGAAGAAAUUCGGAAUGAAGCAUUUGAAAAUGCAAGAUUGGCCAAGGUUCGCAUGAAAGAGUUACAUGAUCGGCACAUCAUUCGAAAAAGCUUUCAGGUAGGGCAACGGGUACUCUUGUAUGAUUCUCGAUUGCAUCUAUUCCCAGGAAAAUUGAAGUCUCGAUGGGUCGGCCCCUUUGUAAUCAAGUCCAUCUCAGGAUAUGGGGCAUUUGAGAUAGAAAAUCUGGAGUUAGGACAGCUUCUAACAUACUAUCCAUCUCUCCCGCAGAAUGAUUUGAAAAAAAUUUAUGUUGCUAGGUGUGAAAGACUUAGGUUGUUGAUGCUUAAUAACAUCCCUGAAGAUAUUCGUUGGCUGAUCGAAGCAAAAAAAAGAAGAGCGAAAAGAGUGAAUGGUUGUUACAAAUGUGCUCGAUGGACCUGUAACACACGAUGCAAAUCUGUGGGGUUUACGUCCAUAAAUCGAGAAGAUAAAAUUAGUUUCAUAAAGGAUGGACUGAGUAAGGAGUCUCUGGAUGAUAUCCGAUUGACUCUUGAGACGCAUCCGUGUGGAAUAGUGCAAAGAGAACUUCUUGCUUUAUGGACCCAGUUCAGAAGUGACCACCAACGCUAUAGUCUUGGGAAUCUGACUAAAAACGACCCUGUUUGCCAAUCUAUAAGAAAAUUGGAUGGGAAGCUUAUCCCCACUUCAUAGAAAGUGUUUAAG